AUGCCUCUGAAGGACGAAGAGAAGGACGCUAUUGCAAAGCUCGUCGAAGAACUGGCCGCCACCACCGUCGGCUCCGGUCGGGGAAAAAGACGGAUCGCCGACAUGUUCGAAGAGCUUGUGGACAAAGAGACUUGGCCAGACUAUUAUGAGCUUAUCUCUCAACCUCGCUCCAUCAAUACCGUGCUCGACAAACUCGACGCCGACGAAUAUCCCGACGCACUCGAAGCAUGGGUGGACCUCGAACUCAUCUUCCUGAAUGCCAUGCAUUACAACAAGGCCAAUAGCCAAAUAUGGAAAGACGCUCAGAUACUGAAGGACAAGCUGGGCGACCUCUGGGUCAGCAAGUCAGAGUUACCGCCCACCGCUGCUCCUGCUGCUCCAGCGCACAGACCUGCCACCUCUGUGAGGGCUGGGCCGUCCACACCUGCGGCCCCUCGCGCAUUGCCGGUCAUCGCUCCCGCUCCCAAAGCAGCUCCCGCCACUCCCAUGCAAUCUUUCAUCCCCGCCGCGCCCUCUACGCCCCUUCCAUUCGCUCGCGCAUCGUCUCCCUUCCGUGCAGCGUCGCCAGAUAUGGAUGUUGACGUUGGAGGAACGCCAGAACCCGAAGGUGGUGUGGAUGAGACUGCGCGCGACGAGGAGGGUGUCGCGAUCGUACAGCAACUUGAGCGUGGGUUGCCGCGUUGGCAAGGGCUGGGGGAUCAGGGCUGGACGUGGGAGGCGCCACCCGAGAAAUGGGUAGAUGUGGUGCUGGCGAUUAAGGGGCACAAGGACGCCGUAGGCAAUAGGCUUGCCCCAGCUUUAGAAAACAUACCAGACAACGCAGAUAUGCCAUAUCUGUCGUUCAACUAUCCGCUCUCUUUGAAGAUAAUUGAGCAACGUGCUCGUGACAGAGACUUCGUAUCCUCGAAGGCCUUUGAUCAUGAGAUGAUGCGCCUCUUCGAGAAGGGUCGUCGCUGGUGGGAAAUCGGCACUGAGCAAUAUGGACAUGUCGUUCUCCUCCAGCGCCUCUACCAAGCCCUCACUGGCCCUCAUCCUCCCUCCGGCCCUCCUUACGUAUCUCAGAGUAAUUUCGGAUCUCUGCGUGCAGGUCCAGGUUCUCGGAAUCCGGAGGGAGGACAGAAUGCUGUCACGUCGUUCCGUGUCUCUUCGAAAGACCGCACAACGGCGGAGGAGGUUCAUUAUAAGGGCUGGUCGUUCCGUCUUGCGGACUGGGUUCAUGCAUAUAACUCGGACGACCCUUCCAAGCCGGUCAUGGGGCAGGUGUUCAAGGCGUAUAUAUCGGACGAGCCUGGCCGCAAGGGGGAACCUGGUAUCACUGUAUGUUGGUACUAUCGUCCGGAGCAGACGGUGCACCCCGCACACAGACAAUUCUGGGAGAAUGAAGUCUUUAAGACGAGUCAUUUCGCGGAUCACCCUCUUGAGGACAUCAUAGAGAAGGUCGCCGUACAGUUCACCGCGCGUCACAUCCGUGGUCGUCCUCGACCACCUUACUGGUUUCUCGGAUGGCCUCUAUACGUGUGCGACAGUCGAUACAACGAUCGCGAGCGCGUCUUUGUGAAGAUCAAAAACUGGAACUCCUGCGUGCCAGAGGAGGUACGCAAGAGUCAAGAGUUCAUGCCGAUUUAUCCCUUCGAGCGCAUGGUCUACCCUCGGCGUUUCGAUAGCCCGUUUCUACACGGGCGUGCGCGAGGACCAGGAGGACUUGGUGAUCCCGUCGAUCGUGCGGAUGGCGAGCGCACUGAGGGCGGCGGUACUGGGCGCAAACGAAGCAAGAGGCCGGGCGCUGUCAGCGAUCUCACGGGCCCAACCAAAGGACUGUACGUUGGUGUACCGGGUACAGUGCCUCCUGGUACAAGUGCGGCGGCCAGUGGCAGUGCAGCACCUGGCACGACACGCGCCCAGGCGGCAAGCCAGGCACAGCAAGCCGCUGCGUAUGUACAGCACCAGCAACAGUUACAAGUGCAGAUGGCGCCCACACCGCGAAAGGUCGCUACGCCUGCGCCUAAGGUCGAAGACCGCUCUGUUCUCACGGCUGCUGGUGGCCAGGCCGCUCUUGGCGCGAACGCCUCGCUGGAGAAGCUUCCAGUAGCGACGACCAAGCAUUUUGACCGGGAUCCAGAGUCGAACGCUGUUCUCUGGUUCGCGGCACCGCCCGUAGACGUUCCCCGCGCACCACCACCCCAAUACAGCUUGAAGUACUUGCAUUGGCUGGCGACGAAAAAACGCCGAGUGGAGGAGCGCGAUGCGGGUGAGGACGGACAGGUCAAGCGGCCGAGAUUGACGGCGGCUCAGAGGGUAGCUGCGGCCUUUGCCCAGGAGAUGGUGGCUGAGCGCCGAGCCGUAGAGUCGUAG